AUGGAUCGGGACAUUGACGAUCUGCCGAAGAACGCAGCAAACUACACGGCGCUGACGCCGCUGUGGUUCCUGGAGCGGGCGGCGUAUGUUCAUCCGGAGAGGGCGUCGAUCGUCCACGGCACCCUCCGGUACACAUGGAGGCAGACCUACGAGCGCUGCCGCCGCCUCGCCUCCGCCCUCUCCAGCCGCUCGAUCGGCCCCGGUUCCACGGUGAGAUUCCCUACUCGCCUCCUAUCCGCAAUUCGCUCGAUGUGGUGAUCGUUCCGCCGGGGAUGCCCAGCCGCCGUCUCUCCGUCCCCAUUCCGAGUCCGUUUCCUCGCCCGAAAUUUAAGUCACCAUUGGCUCUUUCUUUUUUUGUGAAUUUUUAAUCCACUGAUCACAACCGUCAGAUGUAGUACCCUGGAAAUCGCUUUAUGCAAUCGAUUUUUAACAAACUUACGGAAAAUGUACGAAAGCAAUAUAAGUCAAUUGCCGAGGGUUUCUGAGUAAUUUCCCUUUUAGCCUUUUCGGAACCCAUCGCUUUGAAAUUCAGUACCCUGUGUGAAGAAAAAGUCGAUCCAAAAACUGGUAAUCAAGAAAGUCAACGACGAACUCAACACCAUCACUGGUUCCGUCAGCUUGUGACAAUUUGACGCACUCAGAGAGCUCAGCCCUCCAUUGGACGGUGCAGAUUGCCCAGAUUUUUGAGGGCAUAUCAGUAAUUCCACUCUUGAGAUAGAUUGCGCACGUGUCUUUUUCGUGCCCAACUGACGAUUGCUGCGACCGGGCUUUCCGACCGCGGUGAAGAUCCCGCCUUGAUCGGCCACGCGUACGGUCCAAAGCACAUCACCUGGGAGAAUGAAGCGCUGAGAGGCCUCAGGGGCGCCGUAUAACUCGCCGACGGUCGCAGUGGUCUUCUAUUCCUAUUAG